AUGGGAGCGAAAAAGCGCGAGGUGGUAAGCAGCAAUUUGCGAGGGAGGUUAGCGACGAGAACGAGGGGGGAGGGGGGGAAGGAGGGAAUAGGCAGCGAGGAGGUGUGGGAGGGGGGAAAGGAAGGUAUAAGAAGCGAGGAGGGGGGGGAGGGGGGGAAGGAAGGUAUAAGCAGCGAGGAGGGGGGGAAGGGGGGGAAGGAGGGAAUAAGCAGCGAGGAUGGGGGGAAGGGGGGGAAGGAGGGAAUAAGCAGCAAGGAGGAGGGAGGGGAGGGGGGCGUACAGUGGGAUAAGCAGCGAGAAGGGGGGGAGAGGGGGCGGUGGGGUAGGCAUUCUCUCCCUGUCCUCUCUUCUCUCCCUGUCCUCUCUUCCCUCCUUGUCCUCUCUUCCCUCCCUGCCCUCUCUUCCCUGUCCUCUCUUCCCACCCUGUCCUCUCUUCCCGCCCUGUCCUCUCUUCCCUCUCUGUCCUCUCUUCUCUCCCUGUCCUCUCUUUUCUCCCUGUCCUCUCUUUUCUCCCUGUCCUCUCUUCCCUCCCUGUCCUCGCUUCCCUGUCCUCUCUUCCCUCCCCGUCCUCUCUUCCUUCCCUUACUCCAGUCUCUUUUCCCUCUCGCCCUUACUCCCUUGACUGCCCAUUCUCCUCUCUCCCUUACUCCCACCUCCGCAUUUUCUCCUCUCUCCCUUACUCCCACCUCCGCCUUUUCUCCUCUCUCCCUUACCCCCUUUGCUUCCCUUUCUCCCUUGCUUACCUUUGUUUCCUUCUUGGAUAUGGGGGGAAGGGAAAUGGGGGGAGGGGAAAUUGGGGCAAGGGAAAUGGGGGGAAGGGUAAUGGGGGGAAGGGAAACGGGGGGAAGGGAAAUGGGGGGAAGGGAAACGAGGGGACGUAGGGCGAAAGAUGGGGAGGCAGGGGGGGAGAUGGGGAGGCAGAAGGGGAGAUGGGGAGGCAGAGGAGGAGAUGGGGAGGCAGAGGGGGAGAUGGGGAGGCAGGGGAGAGAAAUAUGGGAAGGGAAUGGCGGCUGA